AUGGUUCUGUACAGGAAAACAAACACUUCCAUAACACAAAUAUAGUCACUGCAUUGUGCACAAGGCACAGUAUGUUCAUGCACCGUUCAUCUUGUUUUUGUUAUCCUUCACUUCCCCCCUCAACCACCUUGUGCCCUCCUUACCUGACUCGUCUGUGCUUCCUCAGAUGGGUGGGAUACGAGCAGGCUAACUGUAAAGGGGAACAGUAUGUGUUUGAGAAGGGGGAGUAUCCUCGCUGGGAUUCCUGGACCAACAGCAGACGUAGCGACAACAUCUUUGCAUUCCGCCCCAUUAAAGUGGUAACACAGCACACCUUCUCUACUACACACAAAUCAGCCAUUUUGUUCAGCCUUUUUGAAGAUUCUCUGUGACUGUUUCUUAUGGUGUGUUUUCUAUUCUCCUCACAGGACAGCCAGGAGCACAAGAUUGUCCUUUAUGAAAACCCCAGUUUCGCGGGGAAGAAGAUCGAGAUCAUAGAUGAUGAUGUCCCCAGCUUCCACUCACACGGAUACCAAGAGAAGGUGUCCUCUGUCAGAGUUCAGAGUGGCACGUGAGUCUGUCCGCCAACAGCAGAGUUCUGUUACAGCAAUAUCUGCCCAAACAUUGCCAUAUCAUAUUGCCAUUUUCUCUUAAUCACAUGUAUUGAUCUUAUCUCCAUGGCUUUCUUCUCUAAAUACUUUUCUCAUUUUCUCUCUCCCAUUCCAUGACUCUCACACCUCUGCUGGUUGUGUACCAGUUGGGUGGGGUACCAGUAUCCUGGCUACAGAGGCUAUCAGUACCUGUUUGAGAAGGGGGAAUACAAGGACUGUGCUGAGUUUGGUGCCCAGUUCCCUCAGAUCCAGUCCGUCAGGCGCAUCCGAGACCUGCAGUGGCACCAGAGGGGAGCUUUUCACCCUGCUGCUGGCGCUAACUAAGCUUAUAUGACUCUUUCCUGCCCCAAGCCCUAACCCCUGCAAUCCUGCUCAUUCCCACACCCCUCUCUCCAACACCUACUCAAAAUUGCAUUUUGAUGCCUAUUGUCAUUGUUUCAGUAGCACAAUCCUUUAAAGCAAAAUAAUAAAUCCUUGUUGCUUAUCUUUCAAGUGGUCA